AUGCCAGUGUGUGACCAUCCAUAUGAUGCUAUUAUCAUGGAGCUAGAUUGUACUGCCAUAGGUAUAUCUAAUGUCGUUGCAAAGGAGGCUGUCGGACGCUGUUUUACCAAGAACUACGCCACAGCCAAUGGCAUCGCACAGACCGGCUCCUCCGUGGGACUGAUCGUCUUCGCGCCCCUGGUCCAGCUUUUCUUAGACACCUACGGCUGGAGAGGAACCAUGUUACUAGUGGGAGCCAUCACCAUGCAUUCUGUUGCGAGUGGCGCCGUUAUGGUAGCAACGAGGCAGCCUGAGCUCGAUCAGUCAAACGCAUACCAAACGCUCCCCCAGACCGAACACACUAAUUCGUCAUCAGCACAUGAGAGCACUCUCCGUUCUCACUGUGGUUCGCUGUGGAAGUUCGUCUCUAAGAACUUCGAGGUGGGACUACUUCUCAAUUCGCGCUACUGGUUGGUGGCCGUCAUAUCUUGCUGCAAUAUCUACGCGUACCUCAUGUGGAUUGUGUAUUUCGUGUCCCAGGCGCAGUCCAACGGGUUCACUUUGGAGGAGGCGGGGUCUUUCGUGACCAUCGCGGGCGUUGCGAACCUGUUUGGUACAAUCAGUCAGGGACCGAUCACCGACCGCGGAGUGAUGUCCUCGUGGACUCUGGUUGCCGUUUGCCUCGUUAUGAGUUCCGUCUCGUACCUUGCCUCCUCUUUGCUGACUUCUUUUUGGCCAAUGAUGACGUCAGCGGUGCUGAUUUUGUUCAGUGACGGGGUCUUGUCCUGCCAGAUGGAUGUUCUCGUCAAGCAGGUUCUUGGUGUCGAGCUAUUGGCGGGUGCUUUUGGCUGGAUCGGGCUAAAGGUGACGCUAUUAUUAGUCGCUUUGGGAUUUCUGCCUGGUUUGGUUUACGACUUGACCGGAAGUUACACAGCAGCCUUUCUACUGAUAGGCAGCGUGCAGGCUGUACCACUGGUGCCUUUGCUGAUACUAAGAUAUUCUCAAUAG